AUUAUACGGCGUUUUUUACAUGCAUCCGCAUUUUAAACCCUGGAAGAGCCGAAUAACAAUAAACCCUAGGAAACUAAACUUGUUCAAUCUGCAUCGCAAGUUCGUUCUUUCUCCUGUCCCCUGCUGCUGCUCUGUGCUUCACGCUGGCUUUAUUUGUCUACCCAUACAUUCAAUCCUAUCACAGAGUCGUAUACAGAGCGAGAGCGAAACGGUAGCAAAAGCGUAACCAUGGCUGAAGUGAUGUCGAUGGAGGAGAUUCGAGCCACGGCUUCGCGGCUCAAUAUCGAUCUCUCCCAAAUUGACCUGGAUUCGAUCCGUCUUCCUCCUGGUGAGGACAUGGGGAUCGUAAGUGAUGAUGGUGACUUAAUGGAGGGGGAUGCAUUGGAGUUCGAGAAAGGGUUUGGGAACGUGAUAGUUGUUGACAAUUUGCCAGUUGUUCCCAAAGAGAAGUUUGAAAAGCUCGAAGGUGUCAUACGGAAGUUAUACAGUCAAAUUGGGGUCGUUAAGGAUGAUGGUCUUUGGAUGCCCGUCGAUCCUGAUACUCAGAAGACCCUGGGAUACUGCUUCAUUGAGUACAAUACUCCCCAGGAAGCUGAGCUUGCCAAGGAAAAAACACAAGGAUACAGACUAGACAGGUCCCAUAUAUUUGUGGUUAACAUGUUUGAUGACAUUGAUAAAUUCAUGAAAGUUCCAGAUGAAUGGGCACCACCUGAUACAAAAGUAUAUACCCCUGGGGAGAACCUGCAAAACUGGCUAACUGACGAGAAAGCGAGAGACCAGUUUGUAAUUCGUGCUGGGUCAGACACAGAAGUUUUUUGGAAUGAUGCUAGACAGUUAAAGCCAGAAUCUGUUUACAAGCGUCCGUUUUGGACUGAGAGUUUUGUUCAAUGGUCUCCUCUGGGCACUUAUCUGGCCACAGUUCAUAGACUAGGUGCUGCCAUCUGGGGAGGUGCCACAAGCUUUGAACCUCGCCUGAUGCGUUUUUAUCAUGAACAGGUGAAACUGAUUGAUUUCUCCCCUGGUGAGAACUACUUGGUGACUUACAGCAGCCAUGAGCCAAGUAAUCCUCGUGACUCUCAUAAAGUCAUGUUGAACAUUUUUCAUGUGAAAAGUGGGAAAGUUCGGAGAGACUUUAAAGGCAGUGCUGAUGAGUUCGCAAUUGGGACUGGCGGCGUUGCAGGUGUUUCUUGGCCAAUUUUCAGAUGGAGUAGUGGCAAAGAAGACAAGUAUUUUGCCAGACUAGGAAAAAAUGUCAUCUCUGUAUACGAAACUGAAACUUUCAGUCUUAUAGACAAAAAGUCUAUAAAAGUAGAUAAUGUUGUUGACUUCAGUUGGUCUCCAACUGAUCCUAUUAUUGCCCUUUUUGUUCCUGAACUUGGAGGAGGAAAUCAGCCAGCAAGGGUGAGUCUUGUGCAAAUUCCAAGCAAGCAGGAAUUGAGGCAGAAGAACCUUUUCAGUGUCAGUGACUGCAAAAUGUAUUGGCAAAGCAAUGGGGAGUACCUUGCUGUUAAAGUUGACCGGUACACUAAAACAAAAAAGAGCACAUAUACGGGUUUUGAGCUGUUCAGAAUCAAGGAAAGAGAUAUUCCCAUUGAGGUUUCGGAGCUUGAGAACAAGAACGAUAAGAUUAUUGCUUUUGCUUGGGAGCCCAAGGGGCACAGGUUUGCUGUUAUCCACGGUGACAACCCUAAGCCAGAUAUCAGUUUCUACUCUAUGAGGAGUGGUACUAACACAGGAAGAGUUUCAAAACUUGCCACACUCAAGGGUAAGCAAGCAAAUGCUCUAUUUUGGUCACCCACAGGCCGGUUUAUUAUAUUGGCUGGCUUGAGGGGUUUCAAUGGGCAAUUAGAGUUCUUUGAUGCUGAUGAGCUCGAGACCAUGGCUACCAUGGAGCAUUUCAUGGCAACAGAUAUCGAAUGGGAUCCUACUGGAAGAUAUGUUGCUACAUCUGUCACCUCUGUUCAUGAGAUGGAGAAUGGUUUCAAUGUAUGGUCUUUUCAUGGGAAGCUAUUGUAUCGGGUUCUGAAAGAUCAUUUCUUCCAAUUCUUGUGGCGUCCAAGACCACCUUCCUUCUUGACCCGAGAAAAAGAGGAGGAGAUUGCGAAGAAUCUCAAAAAGUACAGCAAGAAGUAUGAGGCUGAAGAUCAGGAUGUUUCACUGCAACUAAGUGAACAAGACCGUCAGAAGAGAAAGAAGUUGAAGGAAGAAUGGGAGACAUGGAUCAGUGAGUGGAAGAGAUUGCAUGAAGAGGAGAGGUUAGAGAGGGAAAGGCUUCGUGAUGGGGAGGCAAGUGAUGAGGAGGAGGAAUAUGAGGCUAAAGAAGUCGAGGUCGAGGAGUUGCUCGAUGUUUCUGAGGAGGUUAUUUCUUUUGACUGAUAAUAUUAAGCAGGCGUAGAUUUUUUUUCCUGACUGAUUUAAGUUACCUCUACUAUAUUCCUUCACUCUUAAAGUUCUUUCAAAAUCGAACUUCCCCAUGGUGAUCAUUUUUCCGUUUUUAUUCUGACAUGCGCAAUAAAGUAAUAUGCAAUAUGCGCACUGAGUCAUGGUUUCUCAUAUUUUGGUGUCUUUUUUGUUUUUUGUUUUGUUUUUACUUUUUGACUAAAGAGCUGACGCUUGGACUAGAGAAAUUAUUGCAUUUUAACGUUUUGAUUACUAUUGGAUGGCGGUAAGGUCUGUGCAUGACCUUUUGAUACUUGUUUAAA